AUGGCUAUGUAUAGAGACAAGAAAUACGACCACCCGCCAUUAAUCUGGAGAAGAUCGAAAUGGAAAAGAGGAUUAAACUGCUGGGCUUUAAUACUCGUCCUUAUUACCUACACUUUCUGGAAGAUUUCGAAGAGAAACUUCGACCAAGAAAAUAUAAUUAACAGGAAGAAUUGGGAUCGCCUCUCCAAUUCAGAAAAACAUGAAGACAAUAAGACCUGGUUAGAGCGUAGAGAAAGAGUAAAAGAGGCUUUCACUAUGAGCUGGGACGCCUACCGCCAAUACGCAUGGGGAUUUGAUGAAUUUCAUCCCAUCUCAAAGAAAGGAAGUCAAAUGGCACCAAAAGGAAUGGGAUGGAUUAUCGUCGAUGCACUAGACACGAUGAUAUUGAUGAAUCUUACCAGCGAAUUAUCACAAGCAAGAGAAUGGUUGACAAACUCAUUGACCUAUGAUCAGGAUCAAGAUGUUAACACAUUUGAAAUCACAAUUCGAAUGUUAGGUGGCCUACUUUCUGCCCACUAUUUAUCAAAUGAGUUCCCAAACCUAGCUCCACUGGCAGAAGAUGAUGAAGGAGCUCAUGACGAGGAUCUAUAUCUCGAGAAAGCGAAAGAUCUAGCAGAUCGAAUAAUGGGAGCUUUUGAUACGCCAUCAGGAUUACCGUAUGCUAGUUUCAACUUGAAAACAUCAGAGGGAAUUCCAUCUCAUGAUGACCCUGACGUAUCUUCCACAGCCGAGGUAUCUUCUUUGCAGUUAGAGCUCAAGUAUUUGUCAAAAUUAACUGGUGAGAGUUUCUAUUGGGAGGCUGCCGAAAAAGCUAUCAAAAUAAUUGAUGACAAUAAAUCUCUGGAUGGUCUUGUUCCCAUCUACAUAAACAUUCACAGUGGGAAAUUCAAAGGUAAUAACAUCAGACUCGGCAGUCGCGGUGACUCAUACUAUGAAUAUUUGAUCAAACAAUAUUUACAGACAUCUAAAGAGGAACCAAUUUAUGAAGAAAUGUGGAAUGAGGCCCUAGAGGGCAUUCGAAAGCACCUAAUAACUUAUUCCGAGCCAUCUAGAUUUACAGUAUUAGGGGAACGACCUAACGGCCUGACGGGCGAAUUAUCUCCAAAAAUGGAUCAUCUAGUAUGUUUUGUCCCAGGUACUAUUGCGCUGGCUGCGACAGGCGGAAUCUCAGAAUCAGAGGCCAAAAAGCUACCGUAUUGGAGCAAGAAAAAAGACGAAGAAAUGCGACUUGCAAGAGAACUAAUGCUCACGUGCUGGGGUAUGUAUAAAGUUAUGGCAACUGGACUUGCGCCAGAGAUAGCUCAUUUUAAUAUUAAAAGCCCACCCCUCCCUGAGUCGGCUCAACAUAAGGCACCCGAGGACCUGGUCGAUACUGAGGAAGUUGAAUGGAAGAAAGACUUUUUGAUCAAAGUUAACGAUAAUCACAACUUACAGCGACCCGAAACGAUCGAAAGUUUAUUUUACAUGUGGAGGAUCACUGGGGACACGAUUUACAGAGAGUGGGGGUGGGAAAUUUUUAACUCGUUCAUGGAGUAUGCUUCUAUUAAUAAAGGACUGGGUGGGUUCACGAGCCUGUCGAAUGCUGAAAUUAUUCCCCCUACCCCUAGAGAUAAUAUGGAAAGUUUUUGGCUCGCCGAAACCCUUAAGUAUUUUUAUCUUCUGUUCUCUCCAAAUGAUUUGAUCCCUUUAGACCAGGUUGUUCUAAAUACAGAGGCACAUCCAUUACCCCGUUUCAAACCGGGACCUCUGUUUAAAACCGGCUGGAAAAGAAAGUCGAGGAUGCCCAAGAUUCGUUCAAAUAACUACAAGACAUAA